AGAUUCAGAUGUACAAGCAUGCACAUUUCCUGAAUGCGCUGAAUUUCAUGCUGGAUGAUUUUAUUUUGUUCAAAUUUAAACGAGUGGUAUGGAGUGUUUUGAUUGGUUCAAUAGCGGUUGGUAGAAAAAAGAAGAUUCGCUAUCACGUUCAAUCUUAUACACGUUUCAAAGGCUUGUGUGAUAGUAUACAGCAUUUCUCAAAAUUAUUAAUUUGUUGUCAGCACUUCAGCAAGAGCUUGGUUAUGAAUCACAGUGUUAUCGUAAAAAGACGAGUUUAAACAAACGAAAAGUCCAAAAUAAUUUAACCUCUCAAUUUAUUUGUGAUUUUUUUGUUCGUUUUUUUUGUUGUCCGGAGGCUAUUGGUUUUUCCGUAGGCUUUCAGAAAUUCUGAGUUCAGUUAAUUUCUAUUUAUUGUCGUACAUCAUCAUCGUAUACAAAAUGAGCCAAUCAACAUCAGGAUCUGUCUCAAAUUAUGAGUCUAACGAGGCAAAUGGCAUUCGAAAGCCGGUCGCUCCAAAAAAAGAUUGUAAGAGCAGUGGUGCUGUGGAUCAGACGGUGGACAAAUCAAAAUCAAAUGCCAAUGGCAUAGAAAAAAACAAUGUCGAACCAUGCUUAGCAGCGUUCAAAGAGCCAAAUGGCGUUGAUAGAAAUGUAUUAAAUUCGACGAACGACUCAGAUAACAAUUCAACAUCAAAUUGCGUAUCAGAUCAUUCGGUAAGCGUUGCUUUCGAACAUUCAGUCCGCAUCGACGAUGAUAGCUCGAAUGCCACAAGCAAUGCAGUAAAGACUUCAGGAGAUGUUGCUGACGGUGCUGAAGCUGUUGUCGUUUCAAUCGGUACAAACGAGCACACGUGCGUAGCUUUGCGCAAUUCCGUUCCAGUCGGCGUUAAUAGUUCGAAUGCUACAGGCGGUGGUACAAUAACGAAUUCGGGCGAUGUCUUAAAUGAUUCUGGUGCUGAUGCUAACGUUCCAGACAUCGUAACAGUUAAUGACAACGACUCUAAUGUGGAUGAGAACGAAGACGAUCUCGAUCCAGACUGGUCCACAUAUUAUUCUGAUGAAGAAGAAGAAGAUGAUUAUGAAGAAGAAGAAGAUGAAGAAAAUGAGAUAGGCAGUGGUGGCGGUUACCUCGACGACUAUCCAUACAGUGAUAGUGACGACGAUGCCGGUGAUUCAAUCGACGACUUCGAAAUAAACGACUCGAUACGCGAAGCAAUUGGAAAUGAAAUGGUGGAACGUCACACUUUCAAAUUCAAAUUCGAAAACCGUUCAUGUGCAGCUGCAGAUGAGAUAGAUGUGUGUCCCGUUUGUCUGUUGUCCUUCGUCGAUGAAGAAGAGGUGCGCCGACUGCCAUGCUUUCAUCUGUUCCACACAGGAUGUGUUGACCCUUGGUUAAAAAAGCAUAAGAAAGUGUGUCCGAAAUGUAGGAUGUGCAUCAACGUAGCUUCAGAUUACUUAAAUGAGAGUGCUCGCUAAGUGCUUGUUGGGCUGGUGUCAGUAUUUUCAAGUUGUGACUGGUUGAUCACUCCAUUCGCUUGUAUUUUCCGUAAAAUUUCAAUAAAAAAAACUUUUUGU